AUGAAAGCAGCGAAAAUCAUCCUAGGAUGCUCCAGGCGCACAAGUAAUGCAGCCGUGAGGGCAGAAUUGGGGAUCCAAUCCCUACGGUCGGGAAGAGACGCGAGGAAGCUGACCUGGCAGUAUCGCAUGUGCGGGAUGGGAGAGGAGAGGUUGCCGAGAAUUGUAUGGGAGGCGAAGUGGGCAAACAAAAAGAGGGGUAGACAACCCACGGAAUGGGUCAAGGUUGUAGAGGACGUAUGGAAGGGGCUCGACAUCGGCGAAGAUGAAACGCUGGAAACGGAGGGUCUACAGGGGUUCAAGGAGAAGAUAUCUGUUGCUUGUGCCGAGAGAGAAGAACAGAAUCUGAGGAAAGAAUCCAAGGAUAAGGAGGGUCUAGAAGUGUACGGAAUGUUGAAGGAAGGAAUAGGGUUCAAGGACUACCUACAUGGACCAAUGGAUGCAGGAACAAAGCUUAAGGUCAAAUUCAGGACCGGGGACAUAGGCCUUCGAGAACGUCGACGAAGACAUAGGACGGUAGACGAGGAAGACGACGAGUUCAAAUGUGAUUGCGGCUUCGAAUGCGAAGACCGUGUUCAUGUAGUCGUGGAAUGUCCGUUGUACAAUAAGGAGAGGAAAGUGUACGUGACUGAGCUGGGAAAAAUAGAUAGGACGUACAGUGAGAUGUUUGAUGCAUGGAAUAGAGAGGAAAGGACGGUAGCUGUACUGGGGCAUAGGAGGUGGGUUGAAAAGGCGGGAAGGGAUAUCGUCAGAGGAUAG